UAAUGCUCCCCUCUGGAAAUAGAAAUAUUCUUACAUAGACAGAGACAUGUGUUCAUGUACGUACACUUGCACAAAGAAACAACACUAAAUCUACGGCCUUUUCGACUCCAAGCCAUCCGAAAAUAACGAGCGGCCUCUCCAUUUUCCUCCCUCCAUCUCUUUCCUUCGUCCAGUCGGAAACACGGGUCGAGAUCUGCAGCGCUCGAGACGUCGAGAGAGACGAUGAAGAAUGCGUCGAGGAUCAAGUUCUUGCAUUGCUUCAGACGGCCCGUUGUCAAUGAAGUGCUGCUCGAACCCGGGCGGAGACGGACCCAGCUCAUGCAUCUCUUGAUGGAAGAGGAGGACAAUGAGAAAGCGAGCGCGAAAUCGCCCUAUGCUCGAUCGAGGAAGCCUAGCUUUUCGCGCAUGUUAAAGUCCGCUCUCUUCGACAACGCUUUGGCUCGGAGUAUACGCAGGAAAAGAAGCAGUUCCCUUCGAAACUCAUUGUUGACGAACCGCUAUCAUCCCACCGAUGCCGAGCCAAGGGGGUCGUUGCGCGAUAAUAACGAUCAGAAGCUCAUCGAUGACCAGACGAAUUGCUUUUCCUCUACCUCUCCUUCUUCUUCUUCGUGUUCGAGUUCGGCAUUAGAACACGGAGACUGCGUGUCCAAGCCGUGGUCCCACGGUGGAUUCUCGUACAAUGUCUCGUCGACGAAGCAAGAGCGAAGCCCAGAUCGUCAAGAUCAGUCACCGAGGACGAAGCGAGCCAAGCUUCACAUGGCAUAUCUGCUGCUCAUUAGUCUGACCGGGACGGUGCUGUGUGGCAGAGCUUACGCGAUAGCCUUCGCCUCGAUGUGGCUUCUCGUGGUGACUCGCCGGCUCCUCCGGAGCAGCGUCAUGGACAGUGCCGAUGAUGUGAGGACCAUAAUAGAGAAGAGAGUGAAGGUUUCGCAGGUAGAGACGGGUGAGAAGAAGAGAAGAAAGACUGUAGCGCAGUUAAUUGUGGAAGUGCUAGGGAGGAUGCGUGGAAGGAACCGUCGGCAAAAAUGAAGAAAAGAGCCGCUGUUGCAUUAAAUCUUUUACGUGAAAAUGCCGUCUUUCGUGAUAGAUCAUGAUCGGGCAUCUAGUCAGUUAGACUUUUGGCGACGACAUUUUUGUUUUUCUGCAGAUUAUGGUUUGUACAUAUAUUCGUUUUGAAUUCGAAGUCAAGUUGGUAUCAAGGAAAAAAAUGGGGA